GCCGCCCGCCGCGGGCCGUUCGAAUGUGCCGGUCCGGGUGGCACUCCGUGGCUUUGGGCAGGAGUCAGGCCCCGGCUUCUCCCUCCAGCCUUAGUGCCCACACCUCACCUUGGGGAGACUCCCUGGAGCAAAUGGUUUUUUGGGGGACACUCCCAACAAAUCCAAGAGAAAGCCCACGGGCCCCGCGGGGGACCGGAAAGCUAGCUUUGCGUUUCCCUGCUGCAGAUCAGGACUCUUGGAGGCUCUUCUAUUCCUUUUUCAAGUCCCUUGUGGGCAAGGAUGUGGUCGUGGAACUCAAGAAUGACCUGAGCAUCUGUGGAACCCUCCACUCUGUGGACCAGUACCUCAAUAUCAAACUAACCGACAUCAGUGUCACAGACCCUGAGAAGUACCCUCACAUGCUAUCAGUCAAGAACUGCUUCAUCAGGGGCUCAGUGGUCCGGUAUGUGCAGCUGCCGGCCGAUGAGGUGGACACACAGCUGCUACAGGACGCGGCAAGGAAGGAAGCCCUUCAGCAGAAGCAGUGAUGCACUCCCCCCUUCGGUGACCCAUAACUUGAUGUCCAGCUGAGGACAGGGACACCCUGCCCAGUGCUUCCUGUGUCUU